AAAAAAAAAAAAAAAAAAAAGGAUAAUUGGGGAGUGUUUUCGACCCUAUCUCUUCUACUUUUGACUAUUGAUGCCUGAAUCAUCAAUACCCAAAGUUAAUAUCGCAGAGCUAAAAUCACGGAACCAGCAACCAAAAACCUGUCCUUGCCAUUCAAGAAUCACCCCAAAAUUAUUGCUUUUUUCAAAUAUUUCCUUCUUAUCAUUCUAUCAAAAAACACAAUAUUUUUUUGAAGAUGGGGUUCUGCAGGGGCGAUCUUGUUGAAGUAGCAAGCAAAGAAGAUGGAUUUCUAGGUUCUUAUUAUGAGGCAAUUGUGGUGUGCCAACCUCUCAAGAAAGAUUAUAUUGUGCAGUAUAAAACCCUAUUGAAAGAUGACUACUCUGGUCCCUUGACAGAGUUUGUUACCCUCAAUGAACUCCGGCCAGUGCCACCUGAGAUUCCAGUGAGUGAGUUUAACUUGCAUGAUCAAGUUGAUGCUUUUGACAAUGAUGGAUGGUGGGUUGGCAAAAUUACUGGUAAGAUUGGAGCUACGUGGUUUGUAUAUUUUGAAACUAGUGAGGUUGAAUGUGGUUAUUAUAUAAGAGAUUUGAGAAUUCAUCAAGAUUGGAUUGAUGGGAAAUGGAUUUGUUCAAAAGAGAUUGUAAAGUGUGAUUAAAUAAUCAGUUGUACUUUAUUGCAAAAGACUACCGAGUUCUAUGUCUAUUUGACUCUCUUUCUGUUUUGGGGAUUUCUUGAGUGGGCAUGUAGUACUCGAAACUUGUUUUAUAACUUGUAGUUGCUUAUUUAAUUUGCUGUUUGAUAUGUGUUAUUAUUUUCUUGAGAUUAUUCAGAUAUGAAGGUGUACAUAAAACUCAUCCAACCCCCAAGUAUACAUAAGCUCAAUUUUUUUU